UGUCCCAAAGCGUUUGGACAUGGAUCAUUUUAAGAACCUGACGGAAAUCCAAAGAUUUUAUCGGGACUCCACGGUAUUUCUCACAGGUGGCACCGGCUUCAUAGGAAAGCUAAUUCUAGAAAAGGUUCUCAGAAGUCUACCGGUAAAGAAGGUUUACCUUCUGGUUAGGGCUAAGAAGAAUGUCACUCCUGCGACGAGGCUCAGCGAGAUAUUCAAUUCCCCAGCGUUCGAUAUCUUGAAAAAAACUUAUCCCGAAGUUCUCAACAAGGUGUAUCUAUUGGUAGGCGAUUGUUCAAAUCUCGGCUUGGGUCUGAGCCCGGAAGAUAGGAAAACCUUUGUGACAGAAAUGAACGUAAUCAUCCACUGCGCAGCGACUACUCGAUUCGAUCAACAUAUUCAACAGGCGACGUUCACGAACAUCAGAGGAACCAGAGACUUGUUAAGCUUAGCCAAGGAAGUGAAAAACUUAAAGACUUUUGUGUACAUCGGCACUGCUUUCUCCAACUCCCAAUAUCGAGAGAUAGACGAGAAGAUUUACGAGCCGAGGAUCAGUGCUGAGAAACUGAUCGAAGUGUGCGAAAAUCUGGACCCUGCAAUUUUGGACGUCAUAGGAGCAAAACUUGUUGAAGGAUGGCCGAAUACUUACACCUUCACCAAACAAAUUACCGAAGAUCUAAUCAACAGGGAGUGUCAACAUUUGCCGUUUUGCAUAGUGCGACCUACCAUUGUGGUGUCCACUGCAUUCGAACCUGUGGAAGGUUACGUGGACAAUGUAUUCACGCUGGCGGGAUUUGCGAUGCUGAACGCUUUAGGGAUAAACAGGAUUAUCUACUAUAAUAAGAUCACACUGGACAUCGUCCCUGCAGAUUUCGUCGUCAAUCAAUGUCUGGCUGCCGGGUGGCAAUGCGGCAGCCGUUUCACAGCAUCCAAUCCUAACCAGGCACUCGUGUUUAACAUCAGCAGUGGUAGAGACAACCCUAUAUCUCAAGAUCGAGUCUACGAUGUCUGCGAGUACUACCUUAGACAGGUACCGUCGUCGACGGUACCGGUUUUUCCCUGUACAUUCCGAACCACUUGCUGGUACAAUUAUCUGCUAAGCAGAUUCCUAUUUCACACGCUCGUGGCGUACUGCAUCGAUAUAAUUAGUAGGAUAAAAGGGAGGAAGCCUUCCUUUGUCGAGAAAGUUAAAAAGCUGCACCACUUCCAAGAGAUGUAUCAGUUCUUCACUACCAACGAGUUCUACUUUCACGUCGAAAACACGCACAGGUUGCUGAAGAGGAUGUCGUACAGUGACCGGGCGAUAUUCAACUUCGACAUGACAACGCUGGAUUGGCACACUUAUUUUAUCCAGUACAGCAAGGGAUUCAGAGUAUAUCUGUUGAAAGACCCUAUGUCAACUUUGCCCGAAGGCAGGAGACAUUUCAAAAAACUUGAGGUGCAGUUUUAUUUGAUUGUAGCUCUGCUGGUUAUCGUCGCUUACGUGUUAGGCAAGAUUGCUCUCUUCAGAGUGAUACCCACCAUUUUUAGUUUGAUGGGGUUCCAUUUGAGGAUGUGCUGAGGGUGAUAGUUGAAUUAUUUAUUAGAAACACUUUUUAUUAGCAUGUUUUGAUUUUUCAUUAAUAUGGACUUACUAUCAGUUUGGCUUUAUCACUCGAUCGAUAUAUGAAAACCAAGUCAAUAUAUAUAAGUAUGAAUGAAUUUCCCUAAUUCUCCUUAUUUUCUAGGUUUACUAAUUACAUUUUUGAUGUUGAAAAUAGUUGGAGUCCAAUAUGUACAUUUGUAUUUCUGUAUAGCGAAUAUAUUGUAAAAUAAAAGU